AAAUGGUGACCAGCAUUUACAACGGCUGCUUCCGUCUAGGGUACUUCCGGAAGGAAUGGAAAAGAGCAGAGGUUAUUGUCCUCCUUAAGCCUGGUAAGGCUUGGUUUGUUGAAGCCAACCUAGCCUCCUAUCGUCCGAUCAGCCUACUGGCAAUCCUCUCCAAAAUAUUCGAAAGAGUAAUUUUUCAUAGAGUAUUGCCUGUACUGGACGAGGCCGUAUUGAUCUCCGAUCACCAGUUUGGCUUCAGACGCUGCCAUGGAACACCGGAGCAGAGCCACCGGCUAGUCGAACGCAUCCUAGAGGCAUUCGAGCAGAAUAAGUAUUGUUGCACUGUAAUGCUCAAUGUGAAGCAGGCAUUUGACCCAGUUUGUCAUCCUGGACUCCUCCACAAACUAAAAAUCCUGCCUCCCAAACCCCAUUUUACUCUCCUUAAUUCCUACACUGAGGAAAGAGCUUUCCAAGUCAGAUGCGGAAGUGGAAUAAGCCUACCCAGACUGAUCAGAGCUAUAGUUCCGCAAGGCAGCGUACUCGGACUAAUCCUCUACACCCUUUACACCGCAGACCUUCCCAUUAUCCUGUCCAGGAACCUAACGAUAGCCACAUAUGCAGACGACACUGCUUUUCUCCAACCCACGAGAAGCCUCAGAAAUCAUAAAAAGGCAAAUGGACGUGCUAAAUCCCUGUCUCAGCAGAUGGAAUAUCGUAGUGAGCGCGGAAAAGUCAACACAAACAACAUUCUCACUACGAAGAGGAGACUGCCCACCGGUCAUGCUGAACGGAACCAACAUUCCCGACGUGCCCGCACACAAGUAUCUAGGGCUAACCCUGGACCGCAGGCUCACAUGGCAUCCCCACUUACUCAGUAAACACAUACAGGCCGAUGCGCGACUGAGGCAGGUGCAAUGGCUCAUUGGGAGGAGGUCCAAGCUGAGGCAAAACAUCAAAAUCCUGGUGUACAAGGCAAUUCUCAAGCCAAUCUCGACCUACGGGAUUCAGCUGUGGGGCACGGCAAGCCACUCGAAUCACCAGAUACUACAGCGGUUCCAGAACAGGUGCUUGAGAAUCGCCUGUAAUGCGCAUCCAUACCAUGAGAACACUGCAAUACAUGGAGAACUUGGAAUUCCAUCAGUCUCAAAAUAAAUCUCCAGGCUCAGCGAGAGAUACCUUAAAUGGCUUGGGAACCACCCCAACCACCUCGCCAUAAACUCUUUGGACAACAGCCAAACCAGCAGACGACUAAAUAGGAAACAUCCGCUUGACCUACCACAACAAUAACAAAUAAAUUUAAAUUUAAAUUUCCCUUAAGUGAAGUCACCCGCCAAACCAUUUAAUUAUUGUCCUCUCGGACAGGUCUUAAAUAAACAAAACAUCUUGGUAUGGUGAAAACCAAAAUAUUAGCUCGCUCAUACGUAUGGUGGCCAGAUAUGGAUUUAGAAAUUAAAAACUUGAUUAGAAAUUGUAUUCCGUGCCAGGAGCAACAACCAAGCCCAGAAAAGUCUUCAUUAAUUCCUUGGAAAACAAAUGGACAAAUUUGGAGCAGAAUCCAUGCAGAUUUUGCAAGGCCAAUUAAAAAUAAUUACUUAAUGGUUGUAGUUUGUUCAUAUUCCAAAUGGGUUGAGGUUUUUAAGACAAAAAUGUCUUUUGUCAUCAACAUUCACAAUAUCUAAAUUACGAGAAGUGUUCUGUAGAUAUGGUUUAGUUGAUACAUUAGUUUCCAAUAACGGAAGGCAAUUCACGUCUGAUAAAUUUAAAAUGUUUAUGACCACUAAUGGUAUAAAUCACAUAUUGACAUCGCCUGGUCAUCCAGCAACUAAUGACCAAGCAGAGAUUGUCGUCAAAACAGUAAAAAAGUCGAAUAUGCAAGCAUGAAUUUUGACAAAAACUGUGAUUUUGACAUCACAUUAAAUAGAUUUCUUAUGGAUUUUAGGAAAAUAAUUCAUUGUACAACUGGGGAAUCACCUGCUAAAUUAUUUCUAGGUCGAAUGUUGAAAACACGAUUUUCGUUGUUGAAACCACCUUUGGUGACAGAACACAUAUAACAACAACAAGACAAAAGUAUUAGAAAUUAUAAAGUUAAUAAUAAUGUUCGUUUUUCAAAAGGUCAACAAGUUAUGGUCAGGGACUAUAAAAAUCCAAACAAGGCAGGUUGUACUCAAACAGUUGUAAGCGAAAGACUUGGAUCUCGAUCAUAUUAUUGCAUCUUAAAGAAACAAUAGAGAAAGAAAACGCCAUCUAAAUCAAAUAAGAAAAAAAUUAAAUGAAAAGGAAAAGCAAAACACCGGUGUCGGUGAAAACUGUAAUGAAAACAUUAAACAACAAUCGUCUCCAGUAAGAAAGUUGAGACCACGUAAGGAGGGAAAGGUAGUGAAGUCUAUUGACAAUGUCUAAUUAUAAAAUUUAAUUUAAAAAUAUAAAAAAAUAUAAAUUUAUAUUUAAUGUAAAACAAAAUGAACUGAAAAGCUAUUGAAAUUUAAAUGAAAACUAAAAAAAUGUGUUUAAAGCGUAUAUUAUUAUACUUGUUUUAGACAAAUAUGAAUAUGUUAUAUUGAUUACUAAUAAGCAAAACUAAGAAGGGGCACGUCAGGUAUUAGAAGUUUGUCAUAAGACGGUCACACAUAAGCACAUUCAUGUCCUAUAAAUACUUUUUAAAAACAGUUGGAACUCAAGCUUGUACGGAUACACAAAAAUAUGUACUAGCAAACUAACUUUUUUGCAUAUUUUAUGUUUUGAUAUGUUAUUAUAAAGUUACAUAUAUAUUUCAUAUAUUUCAUAAGACGCUUCUGCGAACUUAACCCAGUAAAACAAAUCCAUGCCAUCACAAACCCUAAAAACAAUGAGACUUCAUUGGCUAGCAACGAAAUUGCUAACAUAUUCGCACAACACUUUUUUGACCUCUCCGGGGACUGGAACUUUUCAGAGGAGUUCCGGAACAAUAAAUAUAGAAAUAACCUACAUCACUAUACCCCCUCUCCAAUAGCCCAAACCAUAGAGGAAAACAUAACUUAUCUCGAACUUAGCUCAGCCCUACAAACAUUACAUCAAACCCAUUACCCCUAUUCAACGGAAUCCCCCAAGGUUCACCCAUAUCCGUGAUACUAUUCUUCAUAGCAUUCAAUAAAUUAUCUAACAUCAUAUCCCUACAUAUAGAAAAAAAAUUUAAUGCAUACGCCGACGACUUCUUCCUUAUAAUAAAUUUCAACAAAAACACAAAUACAAACUUCAACUUAGACAACCUAUUUAACGAUAUAGAAAAUUGGUGCUCCUACUCAGGGGCAUCGCUAUCCCUAUCCAAAUGUCAACACCUCCACAUAUGCAGAAAUUACCACUGUACAUUGAAGAUAAGCUGCAACAACACCCGAAUUCCUACCGUUACUUCCUUAAAAAUUCUAGGAAUGACCUUAAACAACAAACACAAAUGGAACACACACAUAAACUUACUUCUACCCAAACUACACAAUAAGCUUAAUAUAAUAAAAUGCCUAUUUAGUCUUUAAUUUAAUUGCAACACGCAUACACUACUUAAUGUCGCAAAGGCAACAGUUAUAGCCAAACUAGAGUAUGGUUUGUUUCUGUACGGCCAUGCUCCCAAAAGCAUUUUAAACAAAAUAAAAACACCAUUUAACUCCGCAAUCCGUCUAGCUCUCGGAGCCUAUCGCUCUACCCCAAUAAAUAACUUACUUUACGAAUCAAAUACUCCCACUUUAGAAAUGAAUCGAGACCUUCAAAUAGCCAAACUAUCCCAAAACCUAAUCUUCUCCAAAAACACACCAAUACUUAAGUUUGUUAAGCAUUAAAAAACUAAAAAGAAAAAAACACCUAUAAUAGACCGAACAAUCUAGCUUAGCCUAGAACUUAAUCUACUCUACAAACCAGUAAAACUCCAUAAAUACAGGCCAUCAUGGACCCUCCCCAAUCUAAUAGACACAUAACUCAGAAUCCAUAAGAAAGAACAAACAUCUCCAGAUCAAUACAGAAAAUUAUACGAACACACAAAGAAUAACCUCAAAACACAUAAUUUCAUAUUCACUGACGGUUCAAAAAUUAAUUACACAAUAUCAUUUGCCAUUACAACUGAGAAAGACGUCUUGAAAUACGGAAUACUGCCUCCAUAUUCAUCCGUCCUUACCUUCGAAACAAUCGGCAUCCUAGAAGCAAUAGAACUUAUUAAAAACCGAAGAGGCAAAUUUAUUAUCUGUUCCGACUCUCUAUCAGCAAUAUAUUCAAUCCAAAACACAAAUAAUAGCAACUUUUACCCAAGCAGAAUACAAUCGCUAAUAACGCAACAUGCUCCUAAAAUUAAAAUAAUGUGGAUUCCUGGCCAUUCAGGAAUAAAAGGAAAUGAACUAGCCGAUCCAGCUGCAAUAUCAGCAAGCAAUAUGCCACUUAUCCUCACCCCAAACAUAAAUACCACAGAUAUAAAAAAACAGCUUAAAACCGACCUUGUGGCAAAAAAGAAAGAAAACAUAAUAAGCUGCAGUCCAUGGUACCUGUCGCGGAACGGAUAAGUUGGCUAUCGAUAAGUAGUUCAGUUAUUUGUCAACGGUCAAGGGCACUCGGUCACAUUAAAUACUAAAUGUAUGCAUUUUUAUAGUUAUUGUAAUUGGUCACAUCGAUUUACUUAAAAUUAAGGUACUUUGCGCGCCAGAUCAGUUCGUUUGACGAUACCAAUAGUGAGCGAAGAGAAACUGCGGUACGUAACAUUCAGAAUAGAUAUAAGUUGAAAUUUGUAAUGCCUUUAAAACUGUAUAAUUUCCCUAUAGAAUAAAACUAUCUUCAUUUGUGUAAGCCAAUGAGCGUUUAAGCAUUUCCUGGGUAUUCUCGGCGGCUCGACAUUUCUUUUAUUCGCACCCUGUGAUUUGCAACAUGCCGGCGCUGAGGCGAAGCCCCAGACUAGAUCAGUCCAAAGAGCCCACGACGAGUGUGGCUAGUGAUAUACAGCAGCCUCACAGUUCCAAGGAAAGUGGAUUACUCGGUCAGAAUCCGAGUGGUACUCCGCAGCCUGCCAAAGCAGGGCAGACUACAAAUUCCACAACUGUAGAGGUGGCGAACCUACUGGAAAGAAUCGCAACCUUAGAAAGGGAACUAUCCAAGGCCAAGGCAAAUGAAGGGCAAGUAGAGACCGCAAGAAAUCCCGUUGGAAUCGGGUUGAGCGGUAUCGGUAACGGUAACGGUGCGGCGAAUACACCGCUAAGUAUGAGUGAAACGUCGUCAGCUAUGAGUGGAGCGACGACGCAGAUGUUGAGUGAAAAUUUGCAACGGGAACAAUUUGUAACGCCAUCUUUGAAUGAACCGUUGCUCGCACAAUUGAGUGCAAAUUUUCUCGCACAGUUGAGUGCAAAUUUGCAGCCACAAUUGAGUGGAACUAGUGGGCAACAAGUCACACGGAAUAAUAACUGUACAACAGUGAGCCUAUCUCCGCCUUGCUACGUUACGGCCACGGUGCAGCCAGAACUAGGGUAUGUUGAUGCACUACGGGAGCCACAACGCAACUUAGUGGUUACUGCGCCUGGGUCCUACGGGACAGCACCGGCAAGUAUACCAAAUGUAUGGACGCCACGUAGAUUACCGGAUCUUCCAGAGUUCGAAGGCCAGCCCGAGGAAUGGCCAAUAUUCCAGUGCGCGUUUACGGAGACGACGGAGGCAUAUCAAUGUACAGCCUUGGAGAAUAAUCAAAGGCUAGUGAAGGCUUUGAAGGGUGAGGCACGAGCGGCAGUAAAGGCGCUGCUCAUCCACCCCAACAAUGUGCAAGAAGUUAUGGAGCAGCUUCGAUUUCGAUAUGGACGCCCGGAGCAACUGAUUCGAAGUCAACUGGAGAGCGUGCGAGAUGUGCUGCCAAUAUCAGAACCGAACAUAGCCAGAAUUGUGCCGUUUGCCACAAAGGUGAGCAACCUCGCCGCGUUUUUGAAGUCAACAAAGAACGGCAUUCAGCAUUUAGGAAAUCCUACCCUAAUGGAGGAGCUGAUAGCUACGUUGCCUAUAAGCAAGAGGUUGGACUGGGCGAAGCAUGUAGCUACGAUAGAACCAUAUCCAACAGUGGUGCAUUUUAGCGAAUGGCUACACGAGCUCGCUAGAUUGAUAUGCAUUGUCACGGAUGCUGCAAGUAAAGAUCCGAAGCGAAGGCUAUUGCACGCAAGCGCAAGUCGUCUGGAUGGAAAGGAUACUAACUCUCACAAAUGUUGUCCAAUAUGUGAGGGGCAGCAUGGGAUCAAGGACUGCGAGGAAUUUCAUCAUGCACUUCCGACAGCGAGAAUCGAGUUAGCAAGGAAGCAUAGGAUCUGCUUCGCGUGCUUGGAGAGUGGACACAUGGCCCGGUUCUGCAAGAAGGGCACCAAAUGCAGUGUCAACGGGUGCCAAAGAAGGCAUCACUACCUGCUCCACGAUAGAAUCGGGAAUUCCAGGCUACCCCAGUCGAACGGCGGCCGCUUGAAGGAGCAUACGAGCACUCGAGAUCAGGAGCUGCAAAGGGACACCAGCCAUCGCCGACGUAAUCCCUUUACGUCAACGACUGCAACGCCAAAAGCAGGACAAGCCGAGGAUGGCCAGGAAUCGCCACACCGAAACCUUAGCUGCGUUGACCCGGAUGAAGAUCACCUGCUAUUCCGGAUUUUGCCCGUGACGUUGCACGGGAGGAAUAAGCAAGUGGACACAUACGCGCUGCUCGAUGAGGGAUCGUCCGUAACGCUUAUUGACGACGACAUUAUCCAGAGCCUGAACCUAAAGGGAGAGAGUCGACAGCUCAACGUGCAGUGGUUUGGUGGCAAAACCGCCAGAGAGCACACUACGGUAGUUAGCCUGCAGAUAAGUGGCACGGGCAAAUCCAUGCGCCAUGACCUACGAAAUGUGUUCGCUGUAUCGAAUUUAAAUCUUCCGAUGCAAAGCUUGCGUCGGGAGGAUGUUAAGGCAAGAAAGGAAAAUGCACGCCUACCCGUUAAACCAUACUUCGAUGCAACGCCAAGGAUAUUGAUCGGCUUAGAUCACGCUCAUUUGGGUAUUCCACUGAGGACCAGAAGCUUUGGAGCAGGAGGACCAUUUGCAGCCGCCACCAAACUUGAAUGGGUGGUGUACGGACCGGUAAAAGGGAGUGCAAGUCCACCGGUAUCGAGAUCAUGCCUUUUAGCCGUGUCACACGAUAAUCUUCUAGAGAAGAUGGUCAGCGAUUACUUCGAAACUGAGAAUUUUGGAGUAAAGCCCGCACCGCCGGUCGCAGCUGGUGACGAUGUGCGAGCCUUAAGCAUUUUGGAGGACACGACGAAACGUGUAGGCCGACGAUUCCAGACUGGUCUGCUAUGGAAAGACGACGGGGUGAGACUGCCAGACAGCUACAACAUGGCACUCAAGAGACUCGUCAGCAUUGAACGGAAAAUGAAGCGCGACGAGGUCUUCGCGCGGGCAUACAAGGGAAUUAUGGAUGAUUACAUCAAGAAGGGAUAUGCACGACGACUAGAGCCGCAGGGGAUAACCCACACCAACGGCAAGGUAUGGUACCUUCCGCAUUUCGGGGUCGAGAACCCAAACAAGCCGGGAAAAAUCCGUCUAGUCUUCGAUGCCGCAGCCAAAGUGAACGAUAUAUCACUGAACUCGGCGCUGAUGAAAGGCCCUCAGCGCUACAAAUCCCUACCAGCAGUGCUCUUCCACUUCCGGGAAGGAGCAGUUGGAGUAUGUGCAGACAUUAAGGAGAUGUUUCACCAAGUGCUGAUACAGCCACAGGACAGAUGUGCCCAGCGAUUCUUGUGGAGAAAUGGAGAGGAUCGUCGGAACCCGGACACCUACGAGAUGCAGGUCAUGACAUUCGGAGCAGCUUGCUCUCCUUGUGCAGCGGACUAUGUGAAGCUCGUCAACGCUUCGCAAUAUAGUAGUACGGAUCCGCGAGCGGUUCUGGCGAUAAAGGAGUACCACUAUGUGGACGACUAUGUGAACAGUUUCAUGAGCAAGGACGAUGCUGUCGCCGUUUCGUCACGGGUGAGAGAAAUACACGCAAACGCAGGAUUUGAUUUGUGUCGGUUUUCCUCCAGUUCGGCAGAUGUGGUCAAAGCUCUGAACCCACAAGGAUCCAACACGAAUGUUAAAUGGAGCGAAUCUGAGGAGAAAGUAUUGGGAAUGUACUGGCAGCCGGCUGCGGAUGAUCAUAUACCAUCGGGUACCCAGCAGUGUGAUGGACGGGAAACGCGUCCCUACCAAGAGGGAGUUUCUAAGCCUUGUUAUGUCCACAUUCGAUCCGAUUGGGUUCUUGAGCUGCUACAUGAUAACCGCUAAACUGUUGAUGCGAGAGAUUUGGCGGAGGAGAGUCAAGUGGGAUGAGCCGCUCCCAGACGAAUUGGCCGCAGCAUUUGAGUGCUGGCGGCAAGAAAUGAAAUACAUUGAGGAAUUCCGAUGUCCACGCUACUACUUCGGCGCUGGAUGUGUACGGACACUGCAGCUGCACGUCUUCGUGGACUCCAGCCAAUCUGCGUUCGCCGCGGCGGCUUAUUGGCGGGCCACAUACGCAAACGACGAUGUGCAGGCACAUUUUGUGUGUUCCAAAACGAAAUGUGCUCCCAUGAGGACGAUGUCGAUCCCACGACUGGAACUUCAAGCAGCUGUAUUAGGAACUAGACUGAUGGACACCGUUAAACAGGAACACGGUGUAGCGAUCAGCAGCUGCACACUAUGGACCGACUGUACUGGAUCACCAGCACUCACCGGAGAUAUAAGCAAUUUGUUGGAAAUCGGGUGGCAGAAAUCUUAGAAUCCACAGAGGUUUCCCAAUGGAGAUGGCUACCAUCUGCCGAAAACGUGGCAGACGACGCAACCAGGUCGCAACGCCGCGUGGACCUCAGCCAAGGUUCGCGGUGGUUAAGCGGACCACCAUUCCUAACGGAACCUGAAGAAAGUUGGCCCAAAUUUUCUGUAACCGAUGGACGCGCUCCACAGGCCGCUGAGGAAGAAGAGAUGUCAGGUGAGUUUGUAUUGGCCAUGGUAAACGCGCCCCUUCUAUCUUGGCAGAGGUUCUCGAGAUUCAACCGACUGGUAAGAACGACAGCAUGGAUCCUAAGAUUUAUUCGACGCUGUCGCGGGCAACGCUACGAGCGAGAAGAACACGGGCUUACCUCUGUCGAACUUGCUGACGCGGAGCACGCAUUGGUCCGGCUGGCGCAGAGAGAAGCGUUCGGCGAGGAAGCUCAAACAGGAACGGUCAGCAAGAGCAGCCAAUUAUCAGGACUUUCGCCGUAUUUGGAUAGAGAGGGUAUCAUGCGUGCCAAUGGAAGGAUUGACGCAGCGGCAUGCGUACCAUAUGGGGCUCGCCGUCCGAUCAUACUGUCCCAUAAAAGUGCACUGGCGGAAAUGAUCGUUGGUCACAACCAUGAGAGGAUGUGCCACCAAAACGUGGAGGCCACCAUCGGCGAGAUUCGCCAAAAGUUUUGGAUAACUAACGUGAGGAGGCUUCUACGGAAGGUGGUGGCUGACUGUAACGUAUGCAAGUUGCGGAAAGCACGACCGACACAACCGAAAAUGGGCCCAUUGCCAGAGGAUCGGCUUGAGGCAAAUGGAUGGCCAUUUAAGUUCACUGGCCAGGACUAUUUCGGACCAUUGCUUGUGUAGAUUGGGCGCCGAACAGAGAAGAGGUGGGUGGCGCUAUUCACCUGCUUAACUACGAGAGCCGUCCACUUGGAGAUGGCUCAUGAUUUGUCAACAGAUUCAUGCAUCAUCGCUAUGAGAAACUUCAUGUGCCGCCGUGGACCUGUGGUUAGGAUAAGGAGCGAUAAUGGCAAGAACUUCGUGGGAGCCGAUAAAGAGGCCAGACGAUUCACCGAUGUAUUUGACCCAGUGAAGAUACAGGGCGAGUUGUCAUCUAAAGGAAUCGAAUGGAUCUUCAACUGCCCAUCAAACCCAGCUGAGGGAGGUGUCUGGGAAAGGAUGGUCCAGUGCGUGAAGAAGGUUUUGGCGCAUACGAUGAAGGAACUUGCACCCAAGGAGCACGUGCUGGAAAACUUGCUGAUCGAGGCGGAGAACAUAGUGAAUUCCCGCCCGCUCACGCACUUGCCGAUCACCACUUGCUGACACCAAACGACCUGUUGAAAGGAAUGCCCAACGUGCCAAAUCUUCCUGGAGAUGAUGAAUUGGCAUCUGAGAGAUGCACAACAAGGAAACAGUGGCGUAUCGCUCGGAUGAUGAGAGAUCGGUUCUGGAAACGAUGGGUGCACGAGUACUUGCCCACACUUGUUCGCAGAGAGAAAUGGUGCCAGCGUGUUGAGCCCAUGCGUCGAGGAGACCUGGUAUACAUCUGCGAUCCGGCCAUACCACGCAGGGAGUGGAAAAGAGGCGUCGUUGAAGAGGUGUUCACCGGGAAAGAUGGAGUGCCACGGCGGGCUUCGGUAAGGACUAGCGACCGAGCCAAAUUAGUGCUGCGUCCCGCUUCGAAGUUAGCCGUUCUGGAUGUGGUGAAUGCUGUUGCUUCACGGGGGAGGGGAUUUCGCGGAACGGAUAAGUUGGCUAUCGAUAAGUAGUUCAGUUAUUUGUCAACGGUCAAGGGCACUCGGUCACAUUAAAUACUAAAUGUAUGCAUUUUUAUAGUUAUUGUAAUUGGUCACAUCGAUUUACUUAAAAUUAAGGUACUUUGCGCGCCAGAUCAGUUCGUUUGACGAUACCAAUAGUGAGGGAAGAGAAACUGCGGUACAAUAAAACUAUCUUCAUUUGUGUAAGCCAAUGAGCGUUUAAGGCAUUUCCUGGGUAUUGUCGGCGGCUCGACAGUACCAAUCUAUUAAUACGAACACCUUACACACAUGCGAUUACCUCAAACAAUCUCACCCAAAUUGGACCAGACUCGACCAAAUAAAUAUAAUACGACUUCGACUAGGAUACACAAACAUAACCCACCAACACUACCUAAAUCCCAAUUCAAUACCAACUUGUCCGUUUUGCCAAGGUGAUAUUUCAAUAAGCCACAUAAUAAACUCAUGCCCGUCCCUCCUACAAGCCAAACAAGAUAUAUUUAACAACACCAACCCUCUACACCUUCUUAGCAAACCCAAUCCAGAUAACAUACAAAAACUCAUACUUUUCC